UUAGGAGGGCUUACUUGAAUCCUUCCUCUUGGCGCCAUAGAUUGUAGAGUGAGUGCACAUUUCUCUCUCGUUCGAAGCCCUAGUCACUUUCUUCCUUCCUUCCUUCCUUCGGUUCUUCAAUUGACAAUCCUUACAUGCUCAAUCAUGAAGCCAAUCACCAAUUUGGUUAUCUUCCCCGUUUGAUCCUGUUGGUUCAGAGGUUAGGCUGCUCAUUGGCAAGGCUUUCAACUCCCUAAAAUGGCUACCCAAUUAUGUUCUUUCGGCGAAAUAUUAUCGGUCAAGUCGGACGGCAAUAUUAAUGGUGUUCUCCCAUCUGAUGAGCUUGACCAUGUGCCACUGAUACAUCGCCGGUCCUUGCUACUCGCAAAUAAGUCUCCGAAUUGUAAUACUGAACCUAGCGCCGUUGAAAGUGGAACCGGAAAGCUAUUGAUGUCCCGUAUACUAAUUAAAGAAGAAGACGAGAGCUGUGAUUCACUGGACGUUCUUCCUACAUCUGCAUUGCCUCCCAAACAAGUAGUGCAUGAAUAUUUUGCUCAACAUCAAAAUCAUGCUGUUAAAGAUUGUGAGCAAGUUCAUUGUAAAGUAUCAUGCAAUAGAGUUGUGGAAAAUUCUGUACUUGUUCCUACUUUAGAAAUUGAAAAUUCUAUUCAAGAAGUUGGAACUUCCCGAGAUUGUUUGAUUGAGAAUUCAGAGCAAAUAAAAUGUACAGUUUCUAAUGGUGAUGUUCCUCAAGUAAAGGUUGAAUCCCAUAUUAGCAGUUUUCCGGCAAUUUCAACUCUUUCAGAAGUUCCUGCAGUAGCACACUCGGGAAGCUCUUGCAACUUGUUGCACUCAAUGGGAGGUUGUAUACAAAACUCUUCUUCUGCUGAUGUCCCAACAAUUAAGGAUGUUCUUCCUACAUCUGCUUGGUCUCCCAGACAAAUAGUACUUGCAGUUUUUGCAAAAAAACAAAAUAAAGAGUGUGAGCAAGUUCAUUGUAAAGUAUCAAGCCAUAGAAUUGUGGAAAAAUCUGUACUUGAUCCUUGUUCAGAAAAUGGAAAUUGUAUUUUAGAUACAGGAAUCUCUGGAGAUUGUUUCAAUGAUAGUCUGGAGCAAAUAAAAUGUACAGUAUCUAAUGGUGAUGUUGCUGAAGUAGGGAAGCUUGCUGCCAAUGUCAGUUGCUAUCCGGCAAUUUCAACACUUUCAGAUGUUCCUGCAGUAGCAGCACACAUGGGAAAUUCUGACAACAUGUUGCACUCAAUGGGAGGUUGUUUACGAAACUCCUCUGUUGCUGAUUUACCCCCUGUUCAGGUGAAAAGUGAGAUCUCCGAUCUCAUUGAUGAUGAUUGUUUAGACCACAUUGUGUUGAAAGAGAGGCAGAGGAUGCUGCUUUCAAGGAAACUGUUGCGAAUGACAAAACCAGCACUUGAGAUUAGUUUGGAAGCUUCAUCAGGAAAUGGUAUACAACAGUGUGAUGAGAAGCAAAAGGAACAAACUCCUGAUGUUAUUGGUGUUUCAUUAACUGCUAAAAAUUAUGACAAGACAUAUUCAUCUACGGAGUUCAUUUCAUGUGAAAGACAGGAUAAUAUGCUUGUUUACACAAAUGACAUUAGUAGUUCAUCUUUAUCGACCUCGCUCAAAAUCAAAGAUGAGCCUCAUGAUGACAAUAACUGUCAAAACUUGGAGGGCAAUGCUUGUGAUACUUUUUCCUUUAACAUGCCUGGGGUAAAAGCUGAAGUGGAAAUCUCAAAUGAAGAUGAUGAAGAUGAAAGAGACCAUAUUUGUCUAGGAGAUCGUACAAAGUUGCUGAAGUUAAAAGAUGAUUAUGAGAUAAAAUCUGUGCCUUUUGCCACUGAGGGUAGCCCUAUAGCAGCGGAUUCUGCAAAGCCAUUCAGCAUCAAUCGUAUUCGAAAAAGGAAAAAGACUGCUACUGAUUCAGCUGAAACAGCGCUGGAGGAAGAUGCUCCUGGACUCCUCCAGGUGUUAAUUGAGAAAGGAAUAUCAACAGAUGAGAUCAAACUCUAUGGGCAGAUGGAGAGUGAUGAAGCUCUCGACGAGUCUUCUAGUGAAAGUUUUUCGGAGCUUGAAUCAGUGAUAAUGAAGAUUUUCACUCAGCGCCAUUCAUUUUUCAAGUUAGCUCCUAUACGUUACACAAAGGGGUCAAGAACUAGUUAUUGCCUGGCUUGUUUACUAUCACUCGUAGAGCAGACAAGGUAUUUGCAAUUUCGCAAAUGGCCGGUGGAAUGGGGUUGGUGUCGAGACCUACAAUCAUUUAUUUUUGUGUUCAAGGGACACAACAGAAUCGUGCUAGAGCGUCCUGAAUAUGGCUACGCGACAUACUUUUUUGAGCUAGUAGACUCUUUAUCCAUUGAUUGGCAGAUCAAGCGACUAGUUACUGCCAUGAAGCUUACAACCUGUAGCAGGAUUUCUCUUAUUGAGAACAAAGCAUUAGUGGUUGGAAAGGACUUGACUCAAGGUGAGGCGAAGGUACUAAUCGAAUAUGGUUGGAUACCAAAUAGUGGGUUCGGAACAAUGCUCAAUUACCGCGACAGAGUAGUGCACGACAGGAAGAACGAGAAGGACACCUCAGAGUGGAGAUCCAAAAUAGGGAAGUUGCUUAUGGAUGGUUACAAUGGUGGAAUCUUGGUGGCAACUAGUAUCCCAGAAGAAGUCGAGUCUAAAGAUUCUCAAAGCCCAGAAGUCAAGCUGGAGCCUUUCUGAUUCUGAAAAUGUAAACAUACCAACUCAACUUGUAUAGAAAGAUCAAGUAGUUGUUUGUUACUUACGGAUGACUUUAGUGUAGGUACAUACUGAGUACUUUAGUGCAUACUGAGGAAUCAGUAAACAGAAAAGUAAGAUGGACAGAAGAAAAGCAAACAUGUAGACUGUAUAUAGUGUAGUUUGUCGUUUAUCUUCUUGUCAAGUCCACAAGUAAACAAAAUACGAUGAGUCUUUCUUGGGAUGGUGGACGUCCAUAGCAUUUGUCUAAUUAUUAUGUACUUGUCUUUAUUUUGGAGGAUUUUUGUCGGGAACUUUUUUUAAAAAAAAGAAAAAAAAGAAAGAAAAGAAAAGUUGUCUACAUAGGAUUGGUAAAAUUCACAUUAACUAUCUUAUGUAUAUUAUGUUUAAUUAAUUUUAAUUAUGAUUAUGUUGAAUUUAUUCAAGUCA